AUGUUGGCUAGGUUCCCUUCUAAUCCUGGACACAAACAUUGGGUUGCAGGGAAGAAAAUUUUGAGAUAUUUGCAGAGAACCAAAAAUCAUAUGUUGGUGUACAGAAAAGUUGAAAGCGUAGAUGUCGUAGGGUACACUGAUUCAGACUUUGCAGGGCAUUAUCCGGAAUCUAUGAAAUCUACUUCUGGGUAUGUUUAUGUGAUGGCAGGAGGUGCAAUUGCCUGGAAAAGUGUCAAACAGACUCCGAUAGCUACCUCCACUAUGCAAGAAGAUUUCAUUGCUAUUUAUGAAGGGUCUGGAAGGUUGCGAACCGGGCAAGGAUCCUUUUUCCCUUCUGGGGGCCAGUUCGGUACUUUUUCGACCAGUUCCGAUGACUCCGCCGCCGAUUAUGGGCUCCUGGGAUUGGGGGCUUCAAGGUGUGCGGCGGUGGAUGCUCGGAUUUGA